CUCCGAAUCUCUGAUCGCCCUUCUCUGGUAUAGUUAAUAUGGGGCUUUUUUCCUAUCUUUUUUCUUUAGAUGACGCGUAUAAUAGUAACAGGAGAGCUCAAUGUUUAAUUCUUUAUGUAAUGUUGUUGAUUACUUCAUUAUUUUAGGUGAUAUGGCACCGAAACAUAAAUCCGGUUGUGCGAAAAGGAAAAAAUGUAAAAGGGAUCUUGCACUUGCUGAAUCACAAAAAGGGGCUCUAAAAAUGUAUUUUCCGGCAACAAGUAGUGUUGAUGUCAAUAAUGAUAAUCAAAUUGAAGAAUCUGAACAUGAUCAAGAUGAUGAUCAUGAUUCAAAUGUUGAUCAUGAGUUAGUAACUAAUUAUAAUUUCUUAAAUUUAAAUGUUGAUUCUCUGUUAUCUCUAUACGAUCCUAGAACAUGGGAUAAUCUUGACAACAGCAAACAGGAUAUUCUAAUUGAAAAGGGGCCUGUGAGAGAAAUGGAUCUGGUGUUCCCAAAGGAUGAUGAGGGUAGACAUUUCUCAUAUUUUCACUACACCAGAAAGUUAGCUAAUGAAGAGGUUAUUCACAGAGAGUGGUUGGUUUACUCUAAAGAGGUUGACAAAGUUUAUUGUUUUUGUUGCAAGUUAUUCAAAUCAAAUCAGAACAGGUCAUUGCUAGCAUCUGAUGGAUUGAGGGACUGGAGACGUAUUAGUGCAAGACUCAAAGAACAUGAGGUUAGUGUUGAACACUUUACCAACAUGAAUACAUGGAAUGAACUAAGGUUGAGGUUAAGCAGAAACAAAACAAUUGAUGAUGAGAUGCAGCAGAAGGUUGCAAAGGAAAAAGAGCGUUGGAGACAGGUAUUGCUCAGGAUAGUUUCUUUAGUGAAGUUUCUUGCAAAACGUAAUUUGGGAUUUCGAGGAACAAAUGAGAAGCUAUUUGAACAUAAUAAUGGCAAUUUUUUGGGCUCAGUUGAAAUGAUUGUUGAAUUUGAUCCGGUGAUGCAAGAACAUAUCCGCUGCAAAUUGCUAUCCAAAUGUAUCAGUUGCCUAUCGGAUCCUCUUGACUAUACCUGUGACUGUAGCCUCAGCUGA